AUGUGGCGGUGCUGUCGCUGCGGAGCAGCCGCAGGCUUCGUCGCCAGCCGGGCCGCAAGGCCUGCCUCAGUGCAGGCACCUCGAUGCCGGCACGCGCUCUUCACCAUCAACGGCACCACGGGCGCGCUGCACACGCGCGCGGCCAUCGACCGCGAGAGCCUCGCCAGCGACGUCGUGGACCUCGUCGUGCUCUCCAGCAAGCCCACGUACCCCAGCGAGGUGCGCGUGCUCGUGCUCGACCUCAACGACAACGCGCCUGUCUUCCCCGACCCCUCCAUCGUGGUCACUUUCAAGGAGGACACGGGCAGCGGGCGCCAGCUCAUCCUCGACACGGCCACCGACGCCGACAGCGGCACCAACGGCGUGGACCACAGCUCCUACCGCAUCGUGGCCGGCAACGAGGAGGGCCGCUUCCGCCUCAACAUCACGCUCAACCCCAGCGGCGAAGGAGCCUUCCUGCACCUGGUGUCCCGCGGCGGUCUGGACCGCGAAGCCACUGCCGCCUACCAGCUCCUGGUGCAGGUGGAGGACAAGGGAGAGCCGCGGCGGCGGGGCUACCUGCAGGUCAACGUCACCGUCCAGGACAUCAACGACAACCCGCCCGUCUUCAGCCAGACGCUCUACCAGGCGCGGGUGCCUGAGGAUGCCCCCGUGGGCGCCAGUGUGCUCCAGGUGGCAGCGGCGGAUGCCGACGAGGGCACCAACGCUGACAUCCGUUAUCGCCUGGAGGGAGGUAACGGCGGCGGCGGGGAGGGUGCUGCAAGCCUCCCGUUUGAGGUGGACCCCGAGAGCGGUGUGAUCCGCAUCCGGGAGCCCCUGGACUAUGAGACGCGGCAGCAGUAUUCGCUCACGGUGCAGGCCACGGACCGCGGCGUGCCGGCGCUGAGCGGACGCGCCGAGGCCAUCAUCCGUCUGCUCGACGUCAAUGACAACGAGCCCCGCGUGAAAUUACGCUACUUUCCUGCCACCUCCCGCUUCGCAUCUGUGGACGAGAACGCGGCCCCUGGCACCGUGGUGGCCUUGCUGACGGUGAGUGACGCUGACUCCCCCGCGGCCAAUGGCAACAUCUCUGUGUCCAUCCUGGCGGGCAACGAGCAGCGGCACUUCGAGGUGCACAGCAGUAAGGUACCCAACCUCAGCCUCAUAAAGGUAGCGGCCGCGCUGGACCGGGAGCGCAUCCCUGCCUACAACCUGACCGUGGCGGUGGCCGAUAACUACGGGGCCCCACCCCGCUCGUCGGUGGCCAGCCUGGUGAUCUUUGUGAAUGACAUUAAUGACCACCCGCCGGUCUUCGGGCAGUCUGUGUACAGGGUGAAUAUCAGCGAGGAGGUGCCCCUGGGCAGCUACGUGCGGGGCCUGAGUGCCACGGACCGUGACUCUGGCCUCAACGCCAACCUGAAAUACAGCAUCGUUUCGGGCAACGAGCUGGGCUGGUUCCGCAUCAGCGAGCACAGCGGGCUGGUCACGACAGCCGGCCCCGACGGCGGCGCCGCUGCACCUGCUGGGGCAGCGUCCCCCGCCCGUGGGCUGGACCGAGAGACGGCCUCCGAGGUGGUGCUCAACAUCAGCGCCCGUGACCAGGGAGUGCAGCCCAAGGUCUCCUAUGCUCAGCUGGUGGUCACCAUCCUGGACGUCAAUGAUAACAAACCUUGCUUUAGCCAACCUGAUGGCUACCACGUAUCUCUGGCUGAAAACUCCCCUUUGGGAACAGAAUUGCUCAUCCUGAGUGCUACUGAUGGGGAUCUGGGGGACAAUGGGACUGUUCGCUUCUCCCUGCAGGAAGCUGAACCAGUGGUAGCAGUGAGUGGCUCUUCUGCAAUGGCCCCUCGACGCGUCUUUCGCUUGGAUCCUGUGACGGGCAAGCUCAGCACUGUCUCGCAGCUGGACAGGGAGGAGCAGGCUCAUUUCUCUCUGCACGUCCUGGCCACUGAUCUAGGUUCUCCUCCUCUUUCUUCAAUAGCUCGCGUUAAUGUGACUCUGCUGGAUGUGAAUGACAAUAGCCCUGUGUUUUACCCAGUUCAGUAUUUUGCCCACAUCCAGGAGAAUGAGCCAGCUGGAACCUAUGUGACCACGGUGUCUGCCACUGACCCUGACUUGGGACCCAACGGGACAGUCAAGUACAGCAUCUCGGCUGGAGACACCUCCAGGUUUCAGGUCCAUGGCCAGACAGGGGUUAUCACAACAAAAAUUGCCCUUGACAGAGAGGAGAAAACUGCUUACCAGUUGCAGAUAGUGGCCACUGAUGGUGGUCAUCUCCAGUCACAGAACCAAGCCAUUGUCACCAUUACUGUCCUGGACACGCAAGACAACCCGCCUGUUUUCAGCCAGGGCAUGUACAGUUUUGUUGUCUUUGAAAAUGUUGCCAUAGGUUAUCACGUAGGUACUGUUUUUGCUUCUACUAUGGACCUCAACACCAACAUCAGUUACCUUAUCACAAGAGGUGACCAAAGGGGCAUGUUUGCCAUCAACAGAGCGACAGGCCAGAUCACCACUGCCAGUAUCCUUGAUAGAGAAGAGCAAGCAUUUUACCAGCUGAAAGUGGUGGCUAGUGGCGGGGCAAUAACUGGAGAUACUGUGGUCAAUAUAACUGUCAAAGACUUAAAUGACAACUCCCCCCACUUUGUUCAUUCAGUGGAGAGUGUAAACGUGGUUGAAAACUGGAAAGCUGGGCACACCAUUUUCCAGGCCAAAGCUCUUGAUCCUGAUGAAGGCGUUAAUGGAGUGGUCCUUUACAACCUUAAGCAAAACCCAAAGGGCUUGUUCUCAGUCAACGAAAAAACAGGUGCCAUAAGCUUAACGGGACCACUUGACAUAAAUGCUGGGUCUUACCAGGUAGAGAUUCUGGCCUCUGAUAUGGGGGUUCCGCAGUUGUCCUCCAACUUCAUCUUGACUGUCUCUGUUCAUGAUGUAAAUGAUAAUCCACCUGUGUUUGACCAGCUUUCCUAUGAAGUGACUAUUUUGGAGUCAGAGGCUGUGAAUUCCAGGUUCUUUAAAGUGCAGGCUUCUGACAAAGAUUCAGGUGUGAAUGGGGAAAUAGCGUACAGUAUAAUUGAAGGAAAUACUGGGGAUGCCUUUGGCAUAUUCCCAGAUGGCCAGCUGUAUAUAAAGAGUGAACUGGACCGUGAGCUUCAAGAAAGAUACGUUUUACUGGUGGUUGCUUCUGACAGAGCAGUAGAACCACUCAAUGCUACUGUGAAUGUUACUGUAAUUCUGGAGGAUGUAAAUGAUAAUAGGCCACUGUUUAACAGCACCAACUAUGUAUUUUAUUUUGAAGAGGAGCAGAGGGGUGGAUCGUAUGUAGGUAAAAUAAAUGCUGUAGAUAAAGACUUUGGGCAGAAUGGUGAAGUCAGGUAUUCAUUUGAGCAUAUGCAACCGGAUUUUGAGCUGAACACAAUAACUGGCGAAAUAACAAGCACUCAUCAAUUUGACAGGGAAGCUCUUAUGAGACAACGGGGAGCUGCUGUAUUUAGUCUUACAGUAAUAGCAACAGAUCAAGGGUUACCAAAGCCUCUAAAGGAUCAGGCAACUGUACAGAUAUAUAUGAAAGAUAUCAAUGAUAACGCCCCCAAAUUUUUAAAAGAUCUCUACCAAGCUACUAUAUCAGAAUUGGCAGCAAAUCUGACACAGGUUCUGAGAGUUUCUGCCUCAGAUGUUGAUGAAGGGAAUAAUGGGUUGAUUCACUAUUCUGUAAUCAAGGGAAAUGAAGAAAAACAGUUCACAAUAGAUAGUAGCACAGGCCAAGUGACAUUAAUAGGCAAACUAGAUCAUGAAGCUACUGCGUCUUAUUCGCUUGUCAUCCAAGCGGUAGACUCUGGAAUAGUUCCCCUAAGCUCAACUUGCACCCUGAGCAUUGAUGUUUUAGAUGAAAAUGACAACAGUCCUUCCUUCCCUAAAUCAACUUUGUUAGUGGAUGUCUUGGAAAAUAUGAGAGUUGGUGAACUUGUGUCCUCUGUGACUGCCACUGAUUCCGAUUCGGGUGACAAUGCUGACCUCCAUUAUAGUAUUACAGGGACAAACAAUCAUGGGACCUUUAGCAUCAGUCCCAACACCGGUAGUAUUUUUCUUGCAAAAAAAUUGGACUUUGAGACACAGUCUUUAUAUAAGCUAAAUAUAACUGCAAAAGACCAAGGAAGGCCGCCACGGUCAUCUACAAUGUCAAUAGUAAUACACGUUAGAGAUUUUAACGACAAUCCUCCUAAUUUUCCUCCAGGGGACAUUUUUAAAUCUAUUGUUGAGAACGUUCCUAUUGGUAGUUCUGUCAUUUCUGUAACUGCUCAUGAUCCAGAUGCAGAUAUUAAUGGGCAGUUGACGUAUGCGAUCAUUCAACAGAUGCCAAGAGGUAACCAUUUCCGUAUAGAUGAAGUCAGAGGGACAAUAUUUACCAAUGCUGAAAUAGAUCGCGAGUUUGCUAAUCUCUUUGAAUUAACAGUCAAAGCCACUGAUCAGGCCGUUCCUGUGGAAUCCAGGCGUUUUGCUCUGAAGAAUGUGACCGUUUUGGUGACGGAUCAAAAUGACAACGUUCCUGUGUUCAUAUCGCAAAACGCCCUUGCUGCUGACCCUUCAGUUGUGAUUGGUUCAAUCCUAACUACAAUUAUUGCUGCAGAUCCUGACGAGGGUGCCAACGGGGAAGUGGAAUAUGAAAUAAUCAAUGGGGAUACAGAGACCUUCAUUGUGGAUCGUUACAGUGGAGAUCUAAGAGUAGCAUCAGCUUUGGUGCCUUCUCAGCUCAUCUACAACCUCAUAGUUUCUGCCACGGAUCUUGGCCCUGAAAGAAGAAAAUCUACCACUGAGUUGACUAUAAUUUUGCAAGGGAUUGACGGGCCUAUCUUCACUCAGCCGAAAUACAUAACUAUCUUAAAAGAAGGCGAGCCCAUUGGGACCAACGUCAUAUCUAUAGAAGCAGCCAGCCCACGGGGUUCAGAGGCUCAGGUGGAAUAUUACAUAGUGUCUGUCCGCUGUGAAGAUAAAAGUCUGGGACGCCUCUUUACCAUCGGGCGCCACAACGGCGUGAUGCAGACUGCUGCCAUUCUGGACAGGGAGCAAGGAGCGCGUCUCUACUUGGUGGAUGUUUAUGCCAUUGAAAAGUCGUCUGCUUUGCCCCGCACGCAGCGAGCAGAGGUGGAAAUAACGCUUCAAGAUAUCAAUGACAACCCACCAGUAUUCCCCACAGAUAUGCUUGAUCUGACUGUAGAAGAGAAUAUAGGAGAUGGAUCUAAAAUAAUGCAGCUGACAGCCAUGGAUGCUGAUGAGGGAGCGAAUGCCCUUGUCACAUACACUAUUAUCAGCGGUGCAGACGACAGCUUCCACAUUGACCCCGAGUCGGGAGACCUGAUAGCCACCAAGCGCUUGGACCGAGAGCGCCGCUCCAAAUACUCCUUGCUGGUGCGCGCCGACGAUGGCCUGCAGUCCUCCGACAUGAGAAUAAACAUCACUGUUAGUGAUGUCAAUGACCACAUACCCAAAUUCUCCAAACCGGUGUACUCCUUUGACAUUCCCGAAGAUGCCACUCCAGGUUCUUUAGUGGCAGCUAUAUUAGCUACUGAUGACGACUCCGGCAUAAAUGGAGAAAUCACGUACACCGUCAGCGAGGAUGACGAAGAUGGCAUGUUCUUCCUGAAUCCCGUUACCGGAGUCUUCAACCUGACUCGCGUGUUGGACUACGAACUGCAGCAGUAUUACAUACUAACCGUCCGUGCAGAAGAUGGGGGAGGCCAAUUCACCACCAUCAGAGUGUACUUCAAUAUAUUAGACAUAAAUGAUAAUGCACCCGUGUUCAGCAUGAGCUCGUACAGCACCUCUCUGAUGGAGAACCUACCUCCAGGUUCUACUAUUCUCAACUUCAGCGUUACUGAUGCGGAUGAUG